AUGAUCCACCUACCUGUCGAAAUCUGGCGACAUAUCCUUCUCUAUGCGAUCGAUUCUCCAAGUUUCCUCUUUAUCGACCCCUUACCGGCCGAAAGUCCAAGCAACGAGGCGGAAUACUGGGAUUCUGAGCGCACGCGCAAUGCUCUGCGGAGAGUAUGCUCGUCGUGGAACCUAUUUCUAGCCUCAUACAAAAGCCGUUUCGUACGGACAUCCGACGUUAUCCACCGCCACGUUCCUACGGUUUCGCUGGCAUACGCCGUCCACAUCAAAGUGGAUAUAUGUACCUGCUUGCGAUGCAUAAGCUUCGGCAACGAUCCCGUUCACUCGAAUCGCAUCUUCCAGAAUCGCAUCUUAUCGGCAGAUACCGUCAAUGACCGUGCUCCUUGGCGAGUUGAGAUUAUUGACGCCCAACGGGGUGAGUAUCUCGAAGUCAUCACUUCUGAACCAAGGCACAUCUCAAAACUUCGCGCAAUCUAUCACUGGAGAGGCUCUCUUCCCGCCACUGUUUUUUCCCAAUCUCCGCUCUCCUUCCUGGUGGCCCAUGCAGACGACUUGGCCAGGAUGAAACGAAUUGACGUCUCUAAUAUGACUACACUCAGCCUCUACGGUAUUCAGCCCACUCAUCUCAGCCUAGUUCACUUUCCCAACCUGGUUCACGCUUGGGUACAAAUGCGCUGGCCACCACUGGACCACCUUCGUGUAACCCCAGUUUUGGAAUGGCUCAAGCUUCACGGGAGGCGUUUAGAAACAUUCUACUGGUCUGACGACGUCUCCAAAAUAACCGACUCGGACGUCGACAAAUUGUGGUCGCUCUGUCCAAACUUACAACGGGUACAGCUCCCUUUGGACGCAAGAUGGACACCACCUCCCUCUUCACACCAGCUACAACUGGUCCGAGUCGAGGAACACGACGAGAUACCAGCUGCCGCAUGUUCGACCCAUACUCCGUCCAAUGAGGCCGAAUACUGGGCAUCUGAGCGCACACGCAACGCUCUUCGCAGAGUGUGCUCUUCUUGGAACACUUUAUUAGGACUAUACGAUAACCGCUUCCUACGAACGUCCGAUGUAACUCACGGUAGAGUCCCUGCGGCUUCACUGGCGUGUGCGCAAUACAUCAAAGUAGACGGAUGCGAUUGCUCGUUAUGCGCCAUCCUCAACAGCGGUCAUACUCAAUCGAGACGCCGCUUCCAAGAUCGGGUCUCGUGGGCGGAUGCUGUCAAUGGCCAUGCUUCCUGGCGAGUUAGGAUUAUGGACGUCGGGAUCGUUGACUAUUUCGACAUCAUCGCCUCGGAGCCAGUACGGAUCUCAAAUCUCCGUGCACUCUACCACUGGAAAGGAGUUCUUCCAGACGUAUUCUUCUCAGCAAACCCGCCGCUCUCGCUUCUGUCAGCCCAGACCGGUGCUUUAGUCAAAAUGAAGCAUAUGAACCUCUCCACUAUAACAACACUCGGUAUCCACAGUGCUCACCCUGCUCAUCUGAGCUUGGUUCACUUUCCCAAUCUUGUUCAUGUUGGCGUCCAAAUGUACUGGCGGCCAUGGUUGAAACAAAACAGGGUAUCUCCUGUUUUAGAAUGGCUGAAGCUAAACGGAAAGCGUCUAGAAACGUUUUACUGGAUCGAUCACAUCUCAGUUAUCGCCGACUCGGAUGUCGAUGAAAUGUGGUCACUCUGCCCGCAUUUGCAGCGGCUACAACUCCCUAUGAAAUCGAGAUGGAAAGCCCCGCCUUCUUCACACCAGCUACAACUACUUCGACUCGGCCGAUCAACACAGCUGGCCGUGCCAUGUUCUCUCUGCAACUACAGGCAUCCGUCCUUUGUCCAGUUCUCCGACUCUUUGGCUCAACUCGUGAUCUCGAGUCCCCAUAAACUACAAAUAGCGUCCCUAGAGUGGGAUGACUUGCUCGUCGAUGAAAAUAAUCACACCAUAUUCUGCUUUUGGGAGCAAGCGAAAUCUCAUGCGGUGGAAAUCGUCGACAUAAGCGGACAAGUAUCGAGGAUCAUAUCUUCAGACGUCGAAAAGCGCGUUGAAAUCGAAGUGAAACCUCUCCUUGCUUUCCUCCUGAAGAAAAUUUCCUCGGGCGGUGGCCCAGAGCCCUCCCUGCAAAAACUAUUGAGUAAAGCCACAGAAUGGACCGCCAGAGAGGAAGAAGAAGAACGAGAAGGAGAAAAGGAAGAAGCAACGUGGAUUGCAACAAGUUCUCAGCUAAUGGAUCACAACCGUGAUUUCACUAAAGCAGAAACCGAGCAUGAUUCCUAUACGCCGUGGAUAUCCAUGACUAACGUCGCCCUUGCGAUGUUCAAGGAUCUUGAGUUUGAUGGUGUCAAGAAGCCCGGUUCCCCAGACAUCAUCUGCAUCAGAGCCGACCCUCAUAUUCUUAGAUACGUGCAGAAUGAUACAACUGUCGAGAGAAAGCCAGAUACUGUGAUCGUUGACAAGGCCACCGCUCAGAGUCUAUACGUGCCUGUUCAGGCCGAACCAAUGAGAUGGAGAGAAAUUGCUGCAGCAAUCGCUUCGGCGGAAAAGAGUCGUAGAGUGAUUCUCGGCGCGACAUUAGAUUGGAUAGACGUUCUGUCCUGCUGCGAGCACAAGCAGUCGAGAAACAAGCGCAAUCGUGUGCCGUCAUUGCCUAGAAGGUCCAAUCCUCCGCGCGCAAAUCAUGCGCACUCCUCGGGCGGGGGAGAUACGAACUCAUCAUCAUCCUUAACUGGGUAUCUUCAAUAUCGUCUCGUGCCAUUCAAAAGUCAACUGAAAGGUUUCUCCAACGAUGGACAGCAUAUUUACGGUCUUGGAGUCUUGCUUCCAGAUCAAAAUCGUGCUCUGCCCAAGAGGGUGCGAGAGCAAGGCGACUCCGAGGACGAAAACGUGAAUUACAAAUCACUCAAAAAAGAAGCUAUUUCGUCGCCCAGACAAACCACAUCCUCCCCUUCAUAUAGCAUGUCGAAAGCAUCCGACUCUGCACAGCUUCCAGUGCCGAGUAAAGUCCAGAACGAUCUGUCUAACCCCUUCAACCAAGCCGCUGAAUACGCCAUCGCGCGGCUUGGUGCAUCCCAAGCAAUGACACAUGCCAUUGGUUCUGUGCGGGCAGGUGAUUCUUUCUCGAUCCAAUGGUAUGAUCGCCAUGGUAUCCUUUCUACUCGCCCAAUCAACGUCCACACUACCUCCGGUCUACAACUUUACUUGGCAUUUCUUUUUAUUCUACAAAGAUUCGACCUAGCCGACUGGGGGAUGCAUCCCGCGUUCCCACCGUUACCGGAUAUGGACCGCACAGAUCCGAACCACGCAGAUCUCGUCGAAUCUUUGAAAAAUCGGAUUGUCACUGUUGGUGGUAAGACAUUUCGACUCGAAGGUGUUCGCCGUAAACAAUGGGGCAUCAAGGGUCGUUCCACCUCGGUUGUAGACUGCGUUGAGCUUGUUGAAGAUGAGUGGCCUCCACGAUCAUGCGUGAUAAAGGUCAGCUUCCCGGAAGAGACUCGGCGACGAGAGCACGAAUUCCUCGACCAUGCAAGAAAAAUCGCAGAAGCAAAACCCGAAAUUCGCGAGAACAUUCCUGACUAUCUUGCGUACGAAGAAUACAAGGAAACUUCUUCUUCUGAUAUUCGCGCAUCGGUUGGCCAAAGUACCGUCGGAUCGAGACACAUGUACGCCAUAGUUCUCCUCAGACUGGAUAAACCGAUCCGGGAGCUGUCUGGUAAACAAUAUUGGGAUGUAUGGUGGGAUUGCUUCGAUUGUCACUUUGCACUUUGGAAGGGUGGUUUACACCACAGGGACAUCAGCGACGGCAAUCUCAUGUACAGAACAAACAUGAACGGAAAGAUUGUAGGAGUUCUAUCUGACUUUGACCUCUCAUCACUAGAGGGCGACAAAGGUCACAAUUCUGAGCGCACAGGAACUCUCCCUUUCAUGGCGCGCGACUUGUUGCAGCCCGCGGGGCUUGAAGGCCGUCUUCAACACAAGUACGAACACGAUGCAGAAGCUUUCUUCUGGGUUGCAUUCAUUGAUACUGCACUUUAUCCAGGAAAGAGUAUUGAGGACCUAGUGAAAGGUUCCUCGAGCUUCUUAUUCAAUGUGUAA